AUGCAGGAACAGCUGAAUCUCCCAGAGCUUAAGUUAAAACAUGAAAUGCUUUCACGUAUUCUUCAAAUUAAAGAGGCUGUAAUUUCCACUUUGGCUUUACUUCAAAAUGAGUUAGAAACUGUUUUAACUAGCCAUGACUGGAAAGUAAUAGAAUUUGCGGUGGACGUAUUAAAGUUGUUUCUUGAGAUAACCAACGAAAUAAGUGCUGAGAAAAAUGUUACGCUAUCGAAAGUGAUACCUUUUGUGAAAAUUGUGAGAAAGAAAAUAAGAGGGCAUGCCGUAUUACAUAAAGAAAAUGUACCAAAAGAGGUUAUUAAUAUGGUUCAAAAACUGGGUGAUCAAAUAGAGUCCAGGUUCGAAAAAAUCGAGGACAAUGAACUGGCAUGCCAGGCCACUAUAUUAGAUCCUCGGUUUAAAAAAUACGGGUUUUAUAGCGAAUAUAAACAUAAGGCUGCUUAUGAAUAUUUACAAAAAAGAGCUUCUGCCAUUAAACUAAAAUCUGAUACAGUAGAAGUUACCCGAGAAAAUACAUCAGAAAUUAAGCAGUCAUUAGGUUCCACAAUAUGGGAAGAAUUUGACUUAGAGGUGAACAGUUUAACAGCCUUGCAGAACCCAAUUGCUGCAGGCAUAAUUGAAGUGGAAAAAUACUGUAACGAGCCUCUCUUACCUCGAACUGAAAAUCCACUAAACUGGUGGAAAGAACGAUCAAAAAUUUAUCCGAGGUUAUUCGAAUUAGUAAAAAAACGUUUAAGUCUAAUGGCGACGUCUGUUCCAUGUGAACGAAUUUUUUCCCGUGCCGGCCUAACUGUUACCCAACGGAGAAGUGCAUUAAAACCAAAAAAAGUGCAAGAAAUUAUGUUCUUAAACUAUAACCUAUAA